AUGAAUGAAAUAUCGAAAAUGAACGAAACAAUCUACAGAUUUCGUUUUGGUAUUACUGAGAAAACUAUUCAAAUUACACAACAACAACUUAAUCAUUUUCCUUAUUUAUUUGCUUUUGUAAAUCAUAGAGAUGAUUUCUCAGUCAAUAAGAACGACAAUGGUGAAUACAUAUUAGACAACCCUAUUUGUUAUGACUGGUUUAAGUCGAUCUUUCAAUCGGUUAUUAAGGAACAACCAUCUGCUCUAUUCACUGAAUUAACACAUGAAGCAGAUGUAUUAUGUAUGCUUGAACUUUAUGAUUAUCUAUGUAUUGAGCCAUUACCACUUCCUCUUCUUAAAAAUCAACAACUUGUUUUGACAAAUCUCAUUGAUAUUGAUGAUGUGAACAAACAUAUUCAAUGGCGUCCAGCAAAUAUUCGUGAAGCACGAAAUAUAGCUGCUCAAUUUAUCAUUAGUAUUAGUAAAAAUGCUUACAACUUAAAUGAUUUAAACACAAUAAAUAGUAUCUUCACAUUACUCAUGGAUAUUUUCUCACAUCCAAAUAUUUUUCAUUCAAGAUUUCGUUAUCACACAUUGAAAAUAAUAAAAAAAGAAUGUUUUUCAUUAUUUUCUCAUAGUCAACAAAGACAACUGCCAACUAAUGAACAGAUCAUUCAAAAUAUUAAAAUUCAUUUUGUUAGAUAUUUAAACAAUGAGAAUCAAUAUCUUACACCAAACUUCUACAAUGCUUUUGCGUGGAAAGAUAUUUACGUGUCUUCAGCUAAAUUCAACUGCUACUUGGACUUCAGUCCCUUCAAAACUCUUGAUCGUUCAGAUUUUGUGUUGAAGUUACGGUGUCUGAGUGAUGAUUUAGAACCACGAUGCAAUGAUACAUCAUUUGACGAUUUUGUAAUGUCCCUCUAUAAUCUCCAGAAAGAGCAAGAGCAAGAGCAAGAGCGAAAGAAAAAAGAAGCCCAAUCAGCUCGAUCAGGACGGUUUAAUACACUACCGAAACGACCAAAAGUUGACAAAUUCAAACAUCGAUCUGGACCAAAAGCUCAAAAAUAUCGAUAA